AAGUUGUCAACACUUAUAAUAUUUUAUAACUGCUCCAUACUAAAUAUUGAUAAUACCAUUAUGUCUGGCAUAAAGGCUGAUGCGAAUAAAGAUGAUAAUCUAAGGAGGCAAGGUUCAUUUAGGAAACUGUUACCUUUAAACACAAAUGGAGAUUCUCAAUUAAGUAUGUCUGUAAAAAUGAUCGACAGGCCAACCAUUUCACAAACCAAUAAAGAAUACUCGAUUUACUUGCAAGAAUACAAUAUUUUAUCGGAAUAUAAGAUGUUGUGUUUUCAAGAUUUAAAAGGAAUUUAUGUAAUACCAUCAGCACAGAAUUCUUUGUUGUGGUUUGGUGUACAAUUCGUUAGGCAAGGAAUCUAUCAAGGAGGAGUCUUCAGAUUUAUUAUUGCAUUACCACAAAAUUUUCCAGAUGGAGGAUGCCCUAAAGUUACGUUUCAAACACCCUUGUUUCACCCUUUAAUUGAUCCCCAGUCCGGAGAGCUGAGCACUUCAUGGGGAUUUCCUGAAUGGAGGAAGAGCAAUAGAAUCUGGCAAUUAGUACAGUUCAUAACGAAAAUACUCACUAAAGUAGAUAUUAAAAUGAAUCCUGUGAACCAGGAAGCAUCUAUGUUAUUAGAAAAUAACUUUGAAGAAUUUCGUGACCGUGUGAAGAAAUGUGUGAGGGAAAGCUUAGAUAAAGUAUAUAAUCCACCUAUGAUGGACGAUCCUCAUUAUAUAGUUUUUAGUCUAUAUAACAGUGAGCUUCAUGACUCUGUUAAACGAGAAAUUUAUGAACCCAAGGAGGAAGAAGAGAACAAAGCACUGGGUUUAUCCUGGGUACAGCCAGGUUCUUUACAACCAUUUUCAAAACCUGAAGCAAGAUAAUGAACAAUUAC